UUAUUAUACAUAGCUGUUUCUGCCGCUGCCGGCCCAUCGCUAGAACAACUCUUCUAGUACUAGUGCUAGUUAUUAAACAUCAACAACUCUUCUAGGACUAGUUAAAUAUUUGUCGUGCUAAUGACAUGCCUUCCUCUUCUUCCUUCUUAACCCCAGUGGUCUUCUUCUUCCUCUCUGCUCGUUGAAUGCAUCAACUUAAGUACUUCUCCUCUUUGGCAUCACCAUUGCCGGCCACAAUAUUCUGUACUCCCGUUCACCUUGCUAAUCAAAGAGGACUUUGAGGGAGCCCAACGCCAUAAUGGUGGAGGCAGUCGGGUCUUUCCAGAGGAGAAACGCCGGCGAUGUUGCCACGGGGAUGAGCAGCAAUCUUGAGGAUGUGCGUAUGGAGGAGGCCCUCAUCUUCUCCGAAACCAUAAAGGACCUCAAGACUUUGCGAUCGCAACUGUAUUCUGCAGCAGAAUAUUUCGAACUAGCCUACACACAGGAAGAUGGAAAACAAGCGGUGAUGAGUAACAUUAAGGAGUACGCUGUCAAGGCCCUCGUCAACACUGUCGAUCACCUGGGGUCCAUAUCCUUCAAGGUCUCCAGCCUUGUGGAUCAAAGGUUGGAUGAGGUAGCUGAGGCCAAUCUGCGGGUCUCCUGCAUCCAGCAGAGAACUCAAAUGAGCCAAGCGUGCAUGAACCGAGAAGGCCUUUCGCAGCAAUCCUUGGUGAUCACCGCUCCAAAGUAUCACAAGAGGUACAUCUUACCAGCAGGAGACGAUUCAAUCCCCAAUGCUGUACCCAACUUCAGCGAGAUGAAUAAGGUCAAGAAUAGGGCUGCACAGAUGCAUCAGGCCUUCGGUGGUGCAGCAGGAGCCCAACCAAAAACCAAAGAGAAGCAACCUUCAUUCCGAAAGCUACGAUCGUUUGCCCAUGCACCUUCUCAGCGUGCACGUUCAUCCUCUCCGGCACAGCAUCCGCACUUCGUGCCACCUUCUGAGGCUGCAAUACCCAUCAAAAGAGCAGAUAAAAGGUCGGAUUCACCAAUUUCCUCAACGACUCCACUCACGAGGUCUGGAUCACUCUCAAAGAAGCCCUCCUUGCUCAAGACGUCAAGCGUCAGGGUUCAGACGCACACCACAUCAGGUCCCAAGAGAUUGGCACCGCUGCGGUCAAACGCUGACAGAUACAAUGAUGAUUCCAAGGAAGGAGAACAGACUCCGAAGAAGAGCAAGAAGUUCCUCAAGUCGCUGCUCAGCAGGCGCAAGUCCAGAAAAGAAGAGCCACUGCCCUGCUACUUCGACGACUAUUGACUGAUAACUGAGUCCCAAGACCGGAUGGCAUUACAGAAUCUCUGAAUACUUCUGCUUCAGCCUUUCCAAAUACAGUGUGAUCGGCCCUUGAUGUAAUGAAUGUCAUUGUAUAGCAAUAGAAUUACAGACUGUUGAUAUUGAUAAUGAGCUCGAGAUGUGGAGUUCCUGGGAGAUGUCGCAAUUCCCAUUACCUGUUUUUAUUUAAGGCAUGUUCAAUCACCUGAUACUAUCAGCAAUCAGCAUACACA